AUGCGUCUGCCCGUCCUCUUGCUUCUCUGGCCCUUGGCCCUUUUGUGUCUGUCUGGAGCUCUGGCCAACAAACACUCUGGGAAAUACGAACUGAUAUUAUACUGGCGCCUUCGCCAAUUCACUAUCCAAGGGCUUGGGGAAGGUACAAACAUUGUUGCGCCAAAAUGCCCUGGGGAUUGCACUUUUGAAGACUUCAUAAAGACAGUCACUCAGACGGAAAAAGGACAGAAACUCCUGGACUCCAAGGGCAAGCCUAUAAAAACCGCCGACGGGAAACCGCUCUUCGAAAGGUUUCCGGAUUGGACCAAGAUGGAUUUCACCCCUUUCAAGACAGAUGAGCUGUUCAGCGACCCUGAGGCUGCUGCGAAGGAGAUCGACAAAGUUGGUUUUACCGGGCAGUUUAUCAGAGACUCACAAUUUGGAGCCGAAAUGACUUUCGAUCAAUUAAUAGUCAAAAUCGAAGAGGUCAUUGACGACACCAAAAAAGCGCUCGCCAAGGAUGGCAUAGACCUGAAAAAAACCUACUUCAAAGAAAUAACGGAUCUGCUCCCAAUUAUAGCCAACGCCCGCCGCAAAGGCGGCGCGGCGAGCGUGCUUCAGAAGUUCAAAAACUGGGCGGCUAAGACGGCAAAAUUGGAGAAUCUAAGGAUUGUGAUGAAGCCUCCGAUCAGUCGCCCACCGUUCGUCUAUGAGCAGAUAGACUUUGAGGCGACGUACAACGCAAACUCCCAAAAGGUGGGAAUACAGGCUUGGAAGGAACAGAUCGAAAAAUUCGCGGGCACUUUCAACUCAAGCGGCCAGGGCUUGAGUCAUGCAGAAGUUGUUCGUUCCCUUGAGGACCUUCAUAGAAAGCUGGUGAAUGGUUGCAAGUGA